AUGAAGCGAAUAUUGUGCGCGGUGCCAAAAACGACCAUGUGCGGAAGCACAACCAGAGAAGGGAAAAUGAACAACAACAACGACGACAUGAAUACUACGAAUACGAAUAAAGGGGGAGGAGGAGAAAAUAAGAAUUGGUCCAACGCGUACGAAAAGUUUCGAAAAGAAGCCUCGGAUUUAACCGAAGAAGAGGCGAAAGAGUUGUGGAGAAAGACGAAACAGUGCAUGGCGCAAGAGGACGAGGUGCAGUUGAGAUUGUACGCGGAGUUGGAUUUGAUUUACGGCAGUGAUGAUGAUGAUGAUGAUGAUGACGAGGAUGAUGAUGGUGAGGAGGAGGAAGAGGCUGUCGAGAAUAAUUUAAACAAUACUACUACUAAUAAUAAUAAUAACAAAACGAAUAACGCUACUAGGUCGAAACAACUACUAAAAAGAAACAGUCAAAGGCAUAAAGAUUUAGUGCACGAACGGGUGCGGAUCGCGCUCGCGAAUGAAAUCCGACAGAAAGCGAUCGAGGCUGAUUCGGUGGACCCGUUCGAUAUGAUUAUGAGUUCCUCGGACCAAUCGUUGAAGAAAGUCGGAUUGAGUCGAAUCCGGAGUAGCGAGUAG